UUUUUAUCAAAUGUGAAAAGUUUGUUGAUGGAAGAAAAUCUUUUUGUGACGUUAGGCCUAUAGAGAAAAAAAACAGUAAAGAAUAUUGCUACACUUAAUAAGGAACAAAAAUUCAUUUACAUAUUAUGUUCUGAAGAGCCAUCGAUCUAUUCUAAAUACGUAUAACUGGAAAAUUCAUUUUGAACAUAUGGCACUGCAUAUAUUUACAUGUAACUAUGUGCUAUGAAAUAAUUUCUUCCUUUACUUAUAUAUGUAUAAACUGUGGAAUGCUCUACCAUAUGAUAUCAGAACUGCUGCAAGUCUCUGUAUCUUUAUAAAUCUAAACUAAAGACUUAUCUGUUUACAAUUCAUUACAACUACUGUAUAUAUAGUCUGUGCAGAUGAAAUACUAUGCAACAGUUGUGCAAUCAUAACAGACUCCUUAUCUUCACCUAUUAGUCAUUUGUUCUUAUACAUCUUAUUUUAUUGUUAUUUAAAUAGCGUUUAGAGCAAUAUGGAUUUUACGCUUUUCAAAAUAAAUUUGUUAUUAUUAUUAAUAUAUUAUAAAGACUUGGUUUCACAAAAUCUGCAAGGAUAUCAGACCACAUGUUUAUUCUUAAAAAUAUCAUUGAAACUUAUUGCAAUAAUAAAAAGGGGCGAGUAUAUGCUUGUUUUGUAGAUUUUAGAAAAGCAUUUGAUACUGUCAUACACUCGGGUAUCAAAUACAAACUACUCAAAUUAUGAGUUGGAACCCAAUUUUAUAUGCUUAUUAAAAGUAUGUACAACAAUAGUAAAUCAUGCAUUAAGAUAAAAAGUCAUCAUACAGACUUUUUCCAAAUUAAACUCGGUGUAAAACAGGGAGACAACCUCAGUCCCAACUUGUUUAAUAUAUUUAUCAAUGACUUACCAGAGUACUUCAAAGAUGCAAGUGACCCAAUAGUUCUAAAUAAUAAAAUAAUACACUGUUUAAUGUAUGCAGAUGAUGUAAUAUUACUGUCACACUCAGCAGUUGGUUUACAAUGUAACCUUGAUAAAUUGCAAAAAUUCUGUUCUGAUUGGUGCUUGAAAGUCAAUAUUGAUAAAACUAAAGUUUUAAUCUUUAACAAGGCAGGAAGAUUUCUCAAGCAAAAUUUUAUUUUAGAGAAAAAGGAAAUACAGUGUGUCCCCUCUUACAGAUAUUUGGGAAUAUAUUUCAAUACAGCUGGAAAUUUUUCUAAUGCUCAAGAGGAUCUGUACAAAAAGGCAAUGAAAGCAUAUUUCAAACUACAUAAAGAUUUUUUAUCAUUUAAUUAUACAACCUAGCAUUAAAACAUCCCUUCAUGUCUUUGAUCACACAAUCAAGCCAAUUUUACUCUACGGCAGUGAAAUUUGGGGAAUUUUUAAUCGCCCUUCUUUUUUCAAUCGCAAUGAUAUCUCCUUACAUGAUUUUUACUCUAAAUUAAAAUGUGAAAACUUCCAUGUAAAAUUCUGUAAAUUUAUUCUAGGUCUUCAUAGAAAAAGCUCAAACUUUGCAACACUAUCCGAACUUGGCAGGUUUCCACUACAUUUUGAUGUAGUGAAUAAUAUAAUAACAUAUGUUGUAAACAGAUAAGAAAAUCUGGGUACUUCUUUUCCUCUACUAAAUGCUGCAUACAUGCAAAGUAAGCAUAAUGAUUGUACAUUAAAAUUGCAGUCAUGGUAUGGUGUGGUGCAAAAGUUAUUUGGAAUUGUUGGAAUUAGAAACAAUCAUAUUGCAAUCAAUAACCUAUCAAUUUUUAAGAAAAAAUGUAAGGAAUUGUUAUGCAAUCAUUAUUUGAAAGAAUGGGGACAUAUCAGAAGUUUACAAUAUGGAAAACUUGAAACUUAUGUUAAAUUUAAAACUAAUUUUGUUUUUGAAAACUACUUAACACUCUUACCACCUGCACAACGUAAAGCACUUGCAAGAUUACGUACAUCAACGCACAAUUUACCAGUAGAACGAGGUCAUUAUUCAGGAAUUUAAGAUUUUGCCCAAAGUGUUCUUCUUGUAAAAUUGGUGAUGAAAUUCAUCUAAUUUUUGAAUGUUUAACUUAUAACUCACUCAGGCAAAACAUGUAUAAAAUUAUAAAACAACAAUGUGAACAUUUUUCCGGUCUUGACAACAUGAAUAGAUUAAUAUGGUUACUCAAUUGUGAAAAUACUGAUGUACUUGUAGCCCUAUGCGAUUUGAUUAAAGAAGCAAUAUAAAAUGAAACAUGUGAAAGUUCAAACCAAUAUGUUUAUACAUAAUUAUGCACUCCUUGUAAACAUGACAUGUUGACUUAGUACCAAUGCACCGUCCCGUGGUAUCUUUUGCAUUACAGUCAAUCAUAUGUACUUGUACUACGUGCCUAUUACUAUUAUUAUGUGUCAUUGCAUAUAUUGUUAUUAUUUUCUUCCUGUGUGCAUUUCUGACUGUUUUGCAUUAGGAUACACGGUGGUACUUACAUAUAUUACAUCAAGUAAUGUCUCAUGUUAUGUACAUUGUCUAAGCUCAUACUACUAGUAUUACUGUAUAUUAUGUGUGAACCAUAUUGCACAUAUGCACUCAUUAUAAACACGACAUGUUGAUCUAGUACCAAUGCACCGUCCCGUGGUAUCUUUUGCAUUACAGUGGAGUUAAUCAUAUGUACUUAUACUACCUUUACUAUUAUUACAUGUAGAGUUGUUAUGUACAUGUAUAUAUAUAUAUAUAUAUAUAUAUAUAUAUAUAUCCCCUAUGUGUAUUUCUGACUGUUUGCAUUAGGAUACACGGUGGUACUUAUAUAUAAUACAAAUAAGUAUUAUCAUGUUCAAAUGUCUCAUGUAUGAACAUUGCUCAUACUAAUAGUGCACAUUUUACUCUUGUUUUUCUUUUCUUUUCUUUUUAUCGUCAUUGCACAUUGAAAUGUUAACAAUCAUGUAUGCUGUAUGCCCGAGAGGAAAUAAAUCAUAUUCUAUUCUAUAGACUAUACCGUAUUUGUAUGUAUUUUCAUACUGUUCCUUCUAGAGGGCCCUUGAUUGGAAAAAAUAAAUGUUCUAUACAAUACCAACAAAACAAAAAACAAGCACAUAGUAUAUUUCAAUAUUUAUUUAUUCACCAAUCAAGGGCCCUCAGGGGGCAUAUACAAAUUAACAAUUCAACAUUAUAACUACACGAUACAAUUUACACAUGUGUACCAUAUACACGUUAAGGGUUUCUACAUUGACAUAGGUAUUGAAGUCUCAUCACAAUACUGAUUGGAAAUGUACUGUAUAUGCUUCACAUAUCUAAAUUAAUUCAAUGCAAAACAUAUGAGAUUCUUUAUGACCAGACAGUGUGUUUUGAACCUAACUCCUAAGUCAUUGUCCAAGAAAAGUUUAUUCGUCCAUGUCAAGAUUCCAAGAUUCUAUAAAUGCAUGGCGAAACAAAAGAUCUGAUCUUUAAAAAAGGGGGAGGUUAAUCCAGGGUCGGUACGCUUGGUACCUAAGCCCAUUUGGGGGGGUGGGGUCCGACUUGGACUUGCCAAAAUUCCAAACUACGCUUGACAGAGUUACUGCGCCUUCUUAUACUUUUCUUCCUCCAAAGACAGAAGAUUUGACUACGGAAGUAGGUGGCGAGAUGCGAAAUGACGUGAUAUAAUUUAGAGUUGGAAAUGUUUACAUUCAGAAAAAGAUCGUCCAGAAGGAGAAGUGCAACUUUAAGAGCUUAGUUCCGAAAAAAUGUCGGACAGCGAAGAGUUUGGACCGCUGGAGACAGCGCCCAUGUCAUCUUCAGAUGAUGUAACACAAUUAAGAGAAAGGGUGAAAGUCCUUGAACAGAAUGAAGCAGAAUUUGGUCAAAAGAGGGCAAAGUUCAAGGAGAUUUACCUACAGAAAGAAAAGGAACUUGAGGCAGCGAGGGUGAAACAUGAAGCAACAGAAUCGGAGCUGAAUUCUGUGAGGGAGGAGCUGGAGCGUCUGACAGGGGAACUGGAGGGGAUUAAAACGGCUGUCGCCUACUCCGAGUCCAACAAAGAGGAUGAGAUCGAGGCCAUUCGACGACAGUGUAAGGAGGAGAUAGACACGUUACAAUCAUUACUUAAUGAGGUUAGGAAUGAAGCAUCAACAUCGACAGCCAUGCAAUAUGAACAAGAACAGAGGAAACUGAAAGAACUGUGUGAAAAGUAUGAGGAAGAGGUUCGAGAUUUACGUGGUCGACUCAACCAAGACGGAGAUGGAUUUUUGUCCUCUGUUGCUAAGCAACUGAAGCAGAUGGCGCCAGGUUCACUGACAGGAAGUAGCUCCAAUCUGGCUCAGGAACAUGAGAGUCUGGAAGAUGACAUGAGAAAGGCUCAAGCUGAUGCAGAGAUUCUGAAAUCAGUGGUUAUGCCUCUAGAGGAAGAGAUCAAGAAAUUAAAGGAUCAACUUCAGGAGGCUCAGCAGAAAGUUAAAGAUUUCCAUGGCUGUAUGCCCAGCACCAAACAUGCCACUCCAGACACACAGUCACUGUCAGAAAUGGACCAGUCUAGAGACCCAGAAGAAAGGAUUAAGGAACUACUGAAAUAUCUACAAGCAGAAAAGGCUUCGAGGAAGGACCUUGAAAUGUAUGUGGCAGUCCUAUCCACUCAAAAGAAUGUGUACGAAGACGAGGCAGAUAAACUCAAAAAGGACCUAAAUGAUGUGUGUAAGAUACUGGAGGAAGAGAAAAGAUGCCAUGAGGAUUUACGUCAGACUUGGCAGAUGGCCAAUGACCAGUUCCUGGAAUCUCAACGGUUGAUGAUGAUGGACCUCCGUCGAAUGGAGUCUGUGCUGACUGUGGAACAGCAGCGACAGAUUGGAGAGCUCAAGCUGAAGGACAGGAAGAGAGAGGCCCAAGAAAAGCGGGUCAAAGAUCUGGAGGAAAUGCGAAAUAAACAACAACAGGAACAAGAGCAGCGUAAACUAGUUGUAGAAGCCCUAAUCAAUAACUUAAGGAGGUUAAACAGACAUGCCUUGAGAAAGAUUGAGCAAGCUUCUGAGAAACUGCAGACGAUAGAGAACCAUGACCUAAGCAAUGCCCUCCAGACUCAGUCAGAGGGCCUGUCCCAGGGAUCCAACUCCAGCAUCAACUUCCUAUCAGCAGACGACAGUCAGGUCAAGAAGUCCGGGAGUAAUGACACCCUGGACACAGCUGGGGACACGAUACUGGACAGUCUGUCAGCAAAGGAUGAUGGCCUUAGGGUACAGAUCAGUCCGGACAAAACCCUGCACAUGCCGCACCUAUCAGAGGCCCAGAAGAGGGCAAUUACUGAUCCAACCCCUGAAUUAAUGGCUCGACAGUCCCUGAUGGCCACUGCCAGACAACAAACAGACAGUCGGAUGUCCCUGGAGGGGCGAAGAAUGGUUAGCGAAAAGGAAUGGGAACUUUUACAAAAGCAGCUGGUGGAGGCUCGUGAAAAGGCUGGGAAACCAUGUGACAUGUGCAAUAAUUAUGAGGCCCAGCUCCAGAACGUCCAGGACGACUACAAAAAGGAGCAAGUGAAGGCCAAGUCUCUGGAGCGUCGCUUGAAUCGAGAACUUCAGACACUGGAGACUAAACAGAAGUAUAUCACCGACCUAGAAAAUAGUCUGAAUAACUCGGCUACUGAAGCAGAAAACCAGAUUUCCAGUUUAACCACGAAAAUCGAGGAGUGUGAACGUUACCUUACGGAAGUCCGGCAAAACAACACUCAAUCUCAACUAGAACUCAGGGAUAUGUUGAAAUCAUUAUCAAAAGAUCGGGAAACUGUACAGAAAGAGCUUGUGAAGCUACAGGAUGACAAUGAUUCUCUAAUGGGGAAACACUCAAAAUUUGCUCAGCAAUUGCAGAAUGAGGACAUUAAUCUUCCCAAUAAUAUGGAGGAGCUGCAGCUUUUGUUGCUGAAGUAUCGAGAAGAGAUUAUUCAGGCUAAGGUUGCUAAGGAACAUAUAGAGGGCUCACUGAAAAGUGAGAACAUGUUCCUGAAAUCCCAGGUCCACGCCGAACAGCAGGAGAAAAACACGCUGGAAGAGACUCUUAAUCAGGAAAUCAUCAGUCUACAGGAAAAACUGGCUGUACAAGAGAGUCUGAAAUCUGAACUAGAGAGAGAAUCAGCAGUGAGGGCAAACGUUGAGGGCAAAUACAAAGAGGCAGAACAUUCUCUGAAAAGUAUACAAGCCAAGUCCAAACAACUGAUAUCAGCCUUACAACAGCAAGUAGAGGAACAGUCCAAUGCUAGGACACACUUGGAGAGCGAACUUCAGAAACAGAAAGGCAAAGUUCAGUCCCUCCAGAUUGACCUUGACAACAGUGAGGCAGUUCAGAGGGACUUUGUCAAACUCUCCCAGUCAUUGCAGAUCCAGUUGGAGAAAAUUCGACAAGCAGAGAAUGAAGUCAGGUGGCAACAUGAGGAUGAUAUAGAAGAUUGUACAAACUGUAAACAGGCAUUUAGCGUAACUAAAAGAAAGCACCAUUGUCGACACUGUGGUAAAAUCUUUUGUUCAGACUGUAUAUCUAAGACAGUGGUCAGUGGUCCUAAUAGCCGACAGUUCAAAGUGUGCGACAUCUGUCACACGAUCCUCGUCAAGGACGCGAUGCCGUAUUUCAGCACAGAACCACCCAGCACACCUGACUAGACACAGUUAUCUCCCCUAUAAAAUUUUGUUUAUGUAGGAUUAUCUUUAUUUGUCAUUGUUAUUGCAUUAUUUAUUCCAUUUACAACCAUGUACAUAUAUAACAUUCACCAAUUUCUUUGCACUGUAAAUUCUUGGUAAUGCGCAAAUAUUUAAAAAAGCACCGCAUAGUGUCGAAGUGUCGAUUCACAAAAACAUUGAAUUGCAAGUGUUUUUCUUAGAGGGACUUACAGACAGAUAGUUAGAAGCAAGAACUUUGAUUCUGUGAAUGAGACUUCUUGCAGAUGAACAUGAAUAUUGAUUACUUGCGUGUGAUAAGGAUUAUAUACAGUAUAUAUAUGACUGUGCUCCAGGUAUAUUCAGAUCUCUGUGUAAAAGUGAAAUGAUUGAAAGGCAACAGUGGUGCAUGUAUUUGUUCAGUACAGUAGAUGUAGUUUCUGUUUUUUGUAUUUACUUUGAAAAUCAUGUAGAACAGUACUGUGAUAGUGCUAUUCUUAAUUAGCAAGGGGCAUAACUGACACAAAACAGGAGAAGAUUCCCUGUAGCUUAUUUCAUUAGAAUUCUUGAUUUAUCAGGGUUAUUUAGGUAUAGUAAUAAUCAUGGGAAAAUCUGUACAAUAACUGAAAUUUCUGAAAAUAACUUUGAUCAGAGUGAGGGAGUAUGUGAAAUUAUCAUUGCCUUCUGAUCCCUGUAAUUCGAGGACAAGCUGACGACUAGAUAUAAACGUAGUGCUGUGUGUAUUUAUUCUGUUGUGAGUGAGCCGCUAUGUGUGUGUAUGUGCAAGACAGGUAAUAUUGGCUGUUGUAAAUAGUGGAGGAGUACUAAUUAAACGUGUGUGUGAAACUGGAAUCCUGUUACACAUGUAUAAAAGUACAGUAGUAUGCAAGAGGCCAUUAUACAUUACAUAACAACCAUUGUUUGUAUGAAAGCAAGCCAUUAUUGUUUCAUUGUGAGGUCUUUAGACCUUACUCUUGUGGUAUCCAGCAUGGUGUUUAGAACAUGGUAUCUACAUGAUAUCUGAGCUGUUGUGUAUGACACAGUAGAAGGUGUAAAUGUGUAUCUCCUUCAACUAGGAUAAGGUUUGCUAUAAAUGGAAAAUAUUACCCAGUAUUUAGCUGUGAAACACUGAAUGAAAAAAGGGCUGUCCUAGAUGAAGUUGGCCUCAUGUUUUGUUUGUGUAUAUAGGUGUGUUGCUGUGAUAACUUUCUAUGGACAUUGUUCAGAUCUGAUAAGUGCUGGUGCAGUAGUAUAGGGCAAUAUUUCAUUCGUUACUCCAUUUUAGGAGCAAUGUGAAAGUUAUUCAUAGCUGGCUCGAGGAGACUGUUGAAUUUUUUUUCUUUGUAAUCAUCAUUUGUUAUAUACAAUUGUAUUUUGUUAAUUUAGAUUCUAGGAAAUGAAAAUUACUCCAUAUUAAGUUUGGAUUCAUAAUGCACUUUCUUCACAGUUCAGCAUUUAGUUUUCAUGUAAUCUCAGUAAAAUAUUUAUCUGAUACAGGAUGAGACUUAUAAUGAUUUUUUUUAUCCGGUUCUCAUGCAAUGACUUCAAUAAUUGAAUCCUCUCACAGCAUUUGAUUUGCAACAGUUUUAUGUGAUAUAAUUUUCUUCUUUUUUCCCCCUUUGAUUUGUAUAGAGCACUUUGUUACUUUAAAGAUCUUGAUAAAAACCUUUUAUGUACAAAUUAUUGAACCAAUGAUUUAAUUUGUUCAUCUUAUUUUCUGAUGUAAUCAUGAAGCAAGUUUACAAAACCAGUUAUACUUACAAAAUCAGGAUUGUUAAACAGGGAUGUAUAGAGAGAUGAUGGCACUAUAAACUAACAUUGUGAUCUGAUGAUUUAAUCAUCUUAGAUCAAGGUCACUAUAUUGCCCUAUGUAGGUCAAGGUCACUGCUUAUUCACCUAUGUUUCCAUGUACCACGGUAAUUGAUAUGAUUGAGUUGUUGUAAAAACAUGAUUCCUUUGACCGGACUCGACACUGCUGGUGCCCUGACAUUGCAGAACAUGGUAUUGUGUGGAAACUGUGGAUUUAUAAAUAUUACUAAGCGUGGGUUGAUGGAUGCAAAACUGUAAAUGAUUGAUGCACAUUUGUUCAUAAUAUGGUUUUGUUCAACAAACCUCUGUAAGUGCUAAAUGUAUUUUGGUUGAGAACAACACAUUCUAGUCACAUAGUACAACUGAUUAACUACCAGAGAUUGUAUGGAGCUUGUGUACUCGAAAUCCUUGUAGAAAAUUAAAAGAGAAUGGCCUUGUAGAGAGUUAAGAGAUACAAUGGCCUUGUAGAGAGAUAAGAGAUACAAUGGCCUUGUAGAGAGUUAAUGCCCUUGGGUCAGAAAUUUGUUCUUUAGACUAACAUCUGUAUUGUCAGUAACUUUGUUCUUGGUGUGGAUGAACUCACAAUGCCUGAAUAUCUUUGUUUUGUAAACUAGAUUAAAGGUGAAAUUAAGUAAAA